ACGCAUUUCCUUUUAGAAAAAAAUUAAAAAUGUGUGCAGCUGUUUCAAAAGGAAUUAUCUCUAAAAUGGGAAGGUUCAUAGAUAUCGGAGUAAAUUUGACAGAUCCUGUGUUCAGAGGCAUCUAUCGUGAAUCCAGGAAACACGAAGAUGAUCUGAAAGAUGUGCUUAAAAGAUCUUUUGACAUUGGAGUUGAGAAGAUGGUUAUCACUGGGGGAAGUCUCAAAGAUAGCAGAGAGGCCUUAGAAAUGGCUAAUACACAUGGUGGGGAAAUGUUUGAAAAUAUUCUUUUCACGUCAUAAAUAGAGCACUUAUACAGCACAGUAGGGUGCCAUCCUACUCGAUGUCUGGAAUUUGAGGCUGAGGGAGAAGAGGCAAAGUACUUAGAGGAGCUCAUCACCCUGGCAACAGACAACAAGGAAAAGGUUGUAGCUGUUGGUGAAUGUGGUCUUGAUUAUGACAGACUGCACUUUUGUCCAAAAGAAGUUCAACUCGAAUAUUUUGAGAAACAGUUCCAGAUAGCUGAACAAACUAAAUUGCCAAUGUUCUUACACAGUCGCAACUCAGGACAGGAUAUGCUGGACUUACUCAGAAAAAAUAGGGAAAGGUUUAGCAAUGCAGUGGUUCACUCAUUUGAUGGCAGUAAAGAGGAAGCAGCUGACUUAGUAGAACUGGGGAUGUACAUUGGUAUCAAUGGGUGUUCAUUAAAAACUCAAGAAAAUAUUGAUACUAUGUGCAGUAUACCAAGUGAAAGGCUCAUGAUAGAAACAGACGCACCAUGGUGUGAGAUCCGACCUACACAUGCAGGCUCUAAAUACAUCAAGACAAAGUUUCAGUCAAAGAAAAAAGAAAAAUGGGAGUCUGGAUUGUGUGUCAAGAGUAGGAAUGAACCUGCAAUGAUAGUGCAAGUACUUGAAGUGAUGGCUGGGGCAAGACAAGAGGACUAUAGUGAACUAGCACAAACUAUAUAUAAUAACACAGACAAAGUGUUUUUUGGAUCUUGAUAAAGUGGAAAUCAUUGAGGGUUGAUUUGAAUGAAUAAAUGCAGAAAAAUAAAUGUCCAGUGUUUUGUGUGAUGCAAUAGAAAUGAGUAGUGUAAGAUGGAUACAUUGAUUUUCAUGACAUUGUUAUUAUUUAAUGCUCAUAAAGGAUGGUUGUGAAUGCAGUCACGUACAUGUACGCAAAGUACACACGCAGAGUACGCACAUGGGUACACUCAAUGAAAUAUUUGUAUUGUAUCAAUAAUAAAAUUGAAGUAGAUUCUUUUCUUAUUUGUUCAAUAAUUGCA